AUGAAGAAUGGAGAGCGUGGAACAAGACACGACGGGGAAAGAUUCGGCGAAGCCGAGAUCUCGAACAGCGAAGCCGCCAAGUAUCACGGGGAUGAAGACUGCGAAGACGUGGUGGACCCCGAUGAGAGCCAAGACUCAGAAGAUCUGAGUAUUGUCGAACAGAAACUUAUCAAUCCACGAGAGUUCGAGGACUACACUGCAGAUCGAUCAAGAUCCGGUAUGAAGGACAGCUGGGUGACCUAG